UUGCCGUAUUUCAGUGAACUCACAACUGCGGUAGUGUCAGGAGAGAGUGAAAAGCCAACUUGUCGAUAUACCCUACACAAGGAAUCCCCAAAUGGUCCAUUAGUGAAGUUGGCCCAAGUGGGAGAUCUGAUCUAUCAUGUUUGGGAUUGCCCCUCUGAAGUGUAUGGGAUGAUGAUCCACGAUUGCUCGAUUGUAGACGGACAAGGCAACAAUCAUACCGUAAUUGAUUCACUUGGAAUCAUUAUGAUGUGCUAUAAGCGUAUGGGUACAAUACGGCAUGUGCGAUUCCUUCUGUGCUUAUCAACUUUGAUUACUGUAAAAAUGCACCUCUACACGCCUGAAUAUCUCAUUAUAUUACAGAACGGUAAAAGCGAAAUUUUUGUACAGCAAGAUCAACUCGUGCUCACAUUUUCCAUAGGGCCUUUCAUUUUUCAAAGGCCUAAGCAGGCCUUUGAAUUUGGCGAGUGGCAUUCAAAAAGCUGCGCCGCAACCGCACGCACAACAUAUGGAGCGAGGCACUUAGAGGCACCUAGUAUUGAAUAUACGGAGGAUUUAGCUCAAAAAAAUAAGAGGACUGAAAUGCAAUCAUAUCGUGAUUAUAAAGCAAUCAAUGAUAUGAAUAUGUGCUGCCGGGAAGAAAAUAAUGCUAGGGUUACUAUGGUGUCUUGUAGACGUUUUAGGUACAAUGCGAACGGUGAAAGCGAAAUUUUUAUACACCAGUAUUAUUAAUU